UCUCGCAGAGCUCCCGGAUCCCCUGCGCCGCGUUUCUCUCUCCUCUGUGACCCCACUAGCAGAGGAUCCGGCGCGGGGAGGGGACACCUGUCCCCGCCGCACUCCGUCCCCGUCCCCGCCCCCGCCGCGCGCGCGCAGCACAGUCACUUGCCUUCCAAUUCGGUCGUCCCACGCAUCGAUUGCCCGCGCGCACGCGCCCGUAGUUUUGCCGUCUUCGCCACCCAAGCAACCUAUAUAGCGCCGCGCGGAAGUGUCUCGGCUUCCUCUUCAUCCGCCGCGUCGCGUCGCAGUGGGAGGGAGGGAUGGAUCUGAAGGACGGCGACCGGAGUGGGGCGGGGGCAGCCGGGGCGCUGUCUAGGCAGGGGUCGAUCUACUCGCUGACGUUCGACGAGUUCCAGAGCACGCUCGGCGGGAUGGGGGGAGGGCUCAGCAAGGACUUCGGCUCCAUGAACAUGGACGAGCUGCUGAGGAGCAUCUGGACCGCGGAGGAGAGCCAGGCCAUGGCGUCGGCGUCCGCGGCGCCCGGCGAGGAGAGGGCGCUGCAGAGGCAGGGCUCCCUCACCCUGCCCCGCACGCUAAGCGUCAAGACGGUGGACGAGGUCUGGCGGGACUUCGUGCGCGAGCCGCCGCCGGAAGUUGCCGGCGCUGGCGCCGGGGAGCCGCAGCCCAGCAGGCAGCCAACCCUCGGGGAGAUGACGCUGGAGGAGUUCCUGGUCAAGGCCGGGGUCGUCCGGGAGAACCCCGCCGCCGCGGUGGCUGCGGCUGCGGUCCCCGCGCUGCCGGUGGCUCCGCGGCCGAUUCAGGCGGUCAAUAAUGGCUCCUCUAUCUUUUUCGGGAACUUUGGGGGAGCCAAUGACACCGGGGCGGGUGCGAUGGGGUUUGCGCCGGUGGGGAUGGGGGAUCCGGCCAUGGGAAAUGGGCUGAUGCCUGGGGUAGCAGGGAUGGCAGGUGCUGCGGUCACUGUGAGUCCGCUGGAUACGACGGUGGCCCAGCUGGAUUCUGUGGACAAGGGGAAUGGGGACCUGUCGUCGCCGAUGGCACCGGUGCUGUACCCCUUUGAGGGGGUGAUUAGGGGGAGAAGGAGCAGUGGUGGUGUGGAGAAGGUGGUGGAGCGGCGGCAGAAGAGGAUGAUCAAGAACAGGGAGUCGGCGGCUAGAUCCCGUGCCCGGAAGCAGGCAUAUACAAUGGAGUUGGAAGCUGAAGUUCAGAAACUUAAGGAACUGAACGCAGAAUUGCAAAAGAAACAGGAAGAAAUUAUGGAAAUGCAGAAAAACCAGGUCCUGGAAGUGAUCAGCAACCCGUAUGCACAAAAGAAACGCUACCUGCAGAGAACAUUGACAGGCCCCUGGUAAUUGAGAUGUUGAUGAUCGGACUUGACAAGAUAUUUAACAUUGUGGUACUUGUACAUAUUGUCAGGAUUUGGAAACCCCGAAUGUCUGUUGUAUAUUAGUGAUCAACAGAGUCUAGUGUACCAGUGCUUCUCCUGUCAUUGUGCUUCUUUGAUUUAUAGUCUUGCAAGUCAGCUUUAUUGCACC